GAACGCAUUCCGUUAACGUUCUUAACCGCUCCUCUAUAUACCUUGAUUCUUCUGUUUGCUUGAACUCCCGCAGCCUGAGUGCUACUCGACGAGAUGCGAGGCGUCCUUAGUCUGGGGUUUGUGUUGUAUGGGUCGUCCUACGUCUACGGUCAUCAGGUUCCUCUCGGAGAACACGCCGCUCAUGUAGAAUCCGAAAGCCCGUGGACUGCAAAAUACGGUCCACAGAUUGAUUUGCCCUUCACUGGUCCUCUGUCGUUCUCGCACCUCCCCUAUUCCAGAUGCCUCGAAGAUGGAUCGACCGAAUUCGACGUCGCAGUACUCGGUAUGCCCUUCGAUACAGCUGUCACAUACCGUCCCGGGGCGCGCUUCGGCCCAUUCGCCAUUCGGUCAGGCAGCCGGCGACAGAGGGCCGAGCGAGGUUACUCUUUGGCCUGGGAUAACAACCCAUAUAAUCACGGUUCAAAAGUCGUUGACUGUGGUGAUGUACCCGUAAGUCCAUUCGACAAUGCUCUAGCCAUCGACCAGAUGGAGACCGCGUAUACUACCCUGUUGGAAAGACCCGUCGUCAGCAGUGAAGAGUCUCGCCCUUGGUCCAGCGUCGAAAUUGCCAAGGACAAGCGCGAGCAUCCCAGGAUAAUCAGCCUUGGUGGUGACCACACUAUCGUACUACCGAUCCUCCGGUCUUUGAACAAGGUUUAUGGAAACAUAUCCGUUAUUCACUUCGACGCACAUCUGGAUACCUGGGAAGGCUACAAAGGACAGACCCCCACUGACCAAUCCCGUAUCACGCACGGUACCUUCUUCUCUGUCGCACGAGAGGAGGGGCUGCUUUCGAACGCCAGUAUCCACGCCGGUGUCCGGUGUAAAUUAACUGGACUAGAUGAUAUUGAACAUGACGAAGCCGUUGGAUUUAAACUUAUUACUACGGACGACAUCGACGAUCACGGCAUUUCUGAAAUAAUUAGGCGGAUCAGGGAUCGCGUAGGUGAUACCCCUGUAUAUUUGAGUUUCGACAUUGACGUCAUUGACCCUGGUUUAGCACCUGCAACGGGAACACCUGAAGCAGGCGGAUGGACUGUUCGUGAAGUCAAACGCAUUAUCCGCGGUCUAGCAGGUCUCAACUUUGUUGGCGCCGACAUCGUCGAAGUUUCCCCUGGUUACGACCAUGCUGAAGUCACCGGAAUAAUCGCGGCUGAUUUGGUGCACGACUUUCUGUCGAUGUUCCUGACGCAGGCACCGCCAAAGGCGCCCAAGGGUGGCCUUGCUUCUAGACAAGAGCUCUAGAGAUUAUAAUAUUCGAAAUCAAGCCAAAAGAAGCGGCGUUUCCUUGUCAUAACUGGAAGCAAAAUAGAUCUCACGAAUACAUUGGCAGAUGUGAAAUAGGUGGACCCCUGCUAUUACUCACCACGAACUGUGAGCACUUGAUGGAUACGACGAUAAGCCAUCUCGCACAUGCGACAGACAAAUCGAAUGCAGCGUAACAACAAGGUCGACAGUCCGUGAUGUGUCGUUAAAAUGGACCACGAUAAACAAACAUGACACGAAAGUCGGGAAUCAAUAAUAUAAUAAUCUCGUAAAGAGUCCGGUACACAAAACAUCAACUCGAGGCCAUCAUCGUUUCUCGUUCCUCGAGGGUCCUGACCAUCCCCCGGGUGUCUGUGGAGCGACAUCCUCAUACACAGGUGGACUAUCAUCGUAAUGCGCGGGUGGUGACACCACCGAAUUCCUCUGCGCUCGUGGUCCCUUUACAGGACUUGCGUGCGGGUUUGAUAGAGCACCCACGCGAGUAUCAAUAGGUGGUGGCGAUGUUGUUAUAUGCGGGGCUGUGGAAGUCCCAGGGUAUGG